UCCUGUGUAGACUGCUAGCAAUUUCACAUCCAGACAGCCGCAGCGACUGCGACUACUGUGUCAUCCAAGAUGCUGGCCCUCAUAAACAGGCUUUUGGACUGGUUCAGGUCCCUCUUUUGGAAAGAGGAGAUGGAGCUUACAUUAGUGGGACUUCAGUACUCCGGAAAAACCACAUUCGUCAAUGUGAUUGCAUCAGGACAGUUCAGUGAAGACAUGAUCCCCACAGUUGGUUUCAACAUGCGGAAGGUCACUAAAGGAAAUGUGACAAUAAAGAUAUGGGACAUAGGUGGACAGCCCCGCUUCAGAAGCAUGUGGGAGCGUUACUGUAGAGGAGUCAAUGCUAUUGUUUACAUGGUGGAUGCAGCAGACCGAGAGAAGAUAGAAGCUUCCAGAAACGAACUGCACAACCUUUUAGACAAACCACAACUACAAGGAAUUCCCGUUCUAGUACUGGGCAACAAACGAGACCUACCCAACGCACUCGAUGAGAAGCAGCUCAUUGAAAAAAUGAACCUAUCUGCCAUUCAGGACAGGGAGAUCUGUUGCUACUCUGUCUCCUGCAAAGAGAAAGACAACAUAGAUAUCACACUGCAGUGGCUCAUCCAGCAUUCAAAGUCGCGGAGAAGCUGAGAGUGAAACCCAGUCGCAGCUCUGGCCUCAGCCCCUAAUGGUCAUGGGUCCUUGACAGUCAUCCCUUCCACUGCCUCUGUGAAGUAAUCCAGCUCUCUCUGCUCACUACCGUCACCACCUGCACCACCCAGUACACUACCAUAAAUGUGUAGCCCCCCCCCCCCCUUGUACAGCACUACCGCCACCCCAACUAUCUGGAGUCUUGAAAAGUUGUCUCGCUAGAAGGUGGAUUGUCCAUACCCAUCAUGCCUUAUCGCCUGUCAUUAUGGACAUGCUCUGUAUCUGUGCACAUCGUGGAGGUUUUUUUUCUUUUAUGGGUUUCAUUUACCCCUCGACACAGGAAUUUAAUGAUGUUGCAGUGUACCGCUCCCCUGCCUACAUAGUGGACGGAGCUCCUCUAAUCCCACAAUCAAAGAUCCAUUCUGUCGCCCGUCAACAUUAGGUGUUUACAUGACAUUGCGUGAUUGUAGUUUUUAAACUAAUUAUUUGCCAAAUGAUGAUGGUGGUUGCUUGCGCUAAUGCCUUCAAUUCCUGAUAAACUCUUAGCAAUGUAGCCUGCAUUUUUUGUGUGCUGGGCGUAUGGAAGUAUCUAUUCUAUAAGUGACUUGAAUUAAAAGUUUACACAUAUGGAUAAAAAGAAGGUAAGACUGUGAGUGGUUGUUGUGUCUGAGGCAAAAUCCUAAGAUAGGUCAGCAGAGUUUUAAGUGCCUUCGGCUGAGUGAGUUUUCCAAUCGGUAAUUUAUUGCCCAAUGCAACAUCCAAACCACUAAUAUCAAAAACACUCAGUACAGACAUGAUCUAAGUCCCUUGAUUACACUUAACAUCUCUUGACAAUCUUUGUUUUAUGUUCCGUAGUCACAUAAUUACAUUCUGAUGUCUGAGAAAAGUCAGUACUGUACUAAUGAUGAAAAAUGAGGUGACGGAUGACCGAGGUGAGUGAGAAAAUGUUACAUUUUGUUUGGACGAUGGGUAAUUUGAAUGCUGUUUCACUUGUAGCCUGUGACUUUUUUUUUUUUUUUAAUGUAGCUUGAAAUGUGGGCUAACUGUUUGCUUGCAGUUCUCAGGUUGUUAUAGGAUUUUUAAAAAAUUGUCUGAACACAGUAUGGGUGCGCCCGAGGAUCCUUUUCGUAAUCCCUACUUUGUUCAGUUCUGAUAACAGAAAAAAAGCAGUGUUAGUCAUGAUGGCUGAGCUUACGGAGAACAGAAGACAGUCCUUUAGUUCAAAGCAUCGGAUGCCUGAUGUCAUCCAUGCCUUGUCACGCCCUUGUCUGAAUCCUUAAGUCUGUUUGUAAAGCCUUAACAGCCCUCCAAAAAAAAUCAAAACAAAAAGACAUAUUGAUUGAUUCGUCAUUUCCUCUCGGCGACAGGACAAUGAUUUCUCACAGGUUCGACCACUGUUCUCAGAUUGAUGCUUUGCAUUAGCUUCAAUCGUGUAUAUUUAUCUGCUCCUUGCUUGGCCAGUGCAUCUUAAUCAAUUCAGAAUUAUUUUUUUUUGUGCAAAUGUCCCCAGAUAUGCAACAGUACAUAGGCCUACGUGGCUUUGACGCCUGCAUUUCACCGUACCGUUUGUCUCCAAAUACAUCUCACGCUCUCUGUAUCUCACAUGUGGUUCUGUGUCCGCUGGUGAUCGUCGUAAUCCUAAAUGUCGAUUGUUGGGACCACAGCAGCAGUGAGGGGCUGUAAAAGUGGGUGACUGUGUGGGUAAUCGGGGAAAGCUUUGUUACCUGUGUAAUAAUAUAGCCUAUUUGCAAUUUGUAUGUGCAUGUGCUAAACUUAUUCACAUUCAAUUGCAGACUUUGUAAAUAAGAAGUUAGCAUUUUUAUUCCAACAAAUGCUCCUGUAGAUGUCAUGCGUUCUUUCCCUGUGAUUGCUAAUAAAUUUGUUUUUAUUUUUAAGGA